AGAUUCGUGACAAUGGCAGCCAUACGCAUAGCACCAACCAGAGCGGCAAGAGCACUCAACCUCUUGCGUGCAGUAGGCACCCAUGGUCCAGGAUGCCCAUGCCACAGCAACCCAGGCCACCACCACAACCCAUUGAGCAUUUCUCAAGGAAGACGUGCACUUGCGACACCAGUCGAUUACUCGCAGCAGAAGGAGUACGCUUUCGAGAUGGCAGCGUCCAGUAUCCGUUUCGGACCUGGCUGCACCAAGGAGGUCGGCAUGGACUUCAAGAACAUGGGAGCUAAGAAAGUCAUGAUCGUGACUGAUGGCACUGUUCUGCACUUGACGGCUAUGAAGCAGGUUCAAGAAGGUCUUGAUAGGGAAGGGAUCAAGUACGAAGUGUACAGCAAGUGUCGAGUUGAGCCAAAAGACCACUCCAUCAAGGAAGCGAUCGCGUUCGCCAAACCUUAUGCUCCAGACGCUUUCCUUGCCGUUGGUGGUGGCUCGGUCAUUGACACAGCCAAGCUCAUGAACCUGUACACAUCAUUCCCUGAAGCAGACUUCCUGGACUUCGUCAAUGCCCCUCUUGGAAAAGGACUGCCAAUUCAAGGCAAGCUCAAGCCUCUCGUUGCAGUACCCACGACAGCAGGAACAGGAUCAGAGACAACAGGCACAGCCAUCUUUGAUCUUGUUUCAAAAAAGGCAAAGACGGGUAUCGCGCAUCGCAACCUGAAGCCAACACUAGGCAUAUGUGAUCCUCUCAAUACUCGCACUAUGCCUUCUGCUGUGCAUGCUUCGAGUGGCCUCGAUGUCCUUUGCCAUUCCCUCGAAUCUUGGACAGCUAUUCCCUAUCAUGAGCGCACACCAAGACCUCGUAACCCAAUCGAGCGACCAGCAUACCAGGGUGCGAACCCCAUCUCGGAUAUUUUCAGUCUACAGGCUUUGAGAGAUACUGUCAAGUAUCUGCCUAGAGCAGUCAAGGAUCCCGAUGAUCAUGAAGCGCAAAGCAAGAUGUUGUUGGCAGCAACUCUGGCAGGUGUUGGUUUCGGCAAUGCUGGUGUCCAUCUCUGCCAUGGUAUGAGCUACCCUGUCAGUGGUCAGAACCCCGGAUACAAGCACAAUGGCUACGAAGUCGACCACCCGAUCAUCCCUCACGGUGUCAGUGUUGCUGUCACCGCACCGGCCGUAUUCAAGUUUACUGGAGCAAGCAACCCCGAGAGACAUCUUGCAGCAGCAGAGUGCUUCGGUGUAGACAUCAGCCAGGUCAAGAAGGAGAGUGCUGGAGAGGUUUUGAGUGAAGCGCUGGCCAAAUUCUUGGUAGAUUUGGGUGAUCAGCCUCGCGGUCUGAAGGAUCUAGGCUUUGGCAGCAGCGAUGUGGAUCAGCUGGUCGAAGGCACCAUGCCUCAAGCCAGAGUCCUCAUGCUGGCGCCCAGCCUAGACAUGCAGAACGUAGACGAGGAAAGAGCACAGCUGAGACAGCUCUUUGAGGAUGCUAUGGAGUAUUAAGAUGGAGAUGAAGGAAGGGUGGAAGAUUGAGAAGUUCAUGGAAGAGAAGGCUGGGGCCGCUUUGGAGCUUGGACGAUGGCGCUGCUAUCAUGGUGUUUGAUCAACGAUACCUUUUGACAGAUGACAAAGUGCCAGUAUGUAACACAAUACCAGGAGUGAAUUAAAGCUUGAGAAA